UUCCAUCGCUUCUCCUCUCCUCUCCUUUCUGCUUUUCUCUCGCCUUUUAUUUCUUCUUCUUCUUCCCUUCUCCGUCGCCGACCACCUCGCCUCCGCCUCGCCGCCGCCGCCGCCUCCGCUCCAAACCCUAGACCAAUCCACCCCCACGCCGGGUGGAGGCCCUCGUAGAAGCGGCGGCAUCCACGCACACACCACGCCGGCGAGCCCCGGCUCUCGACGCGGCGGUUCCCGGUGACGGAGAUUCCGAGCCGCGUUCGUGGGACUGGAGAGCGGGGGGGGGGGGGGGAAGUGGUAAUGGACGACGUCGACAGCGUCGUCGGGAGCGGGGACAAGGCCGGCGAGGCGCCGGGCGACGACGGGAGCUCCACGCCGCUCCCCGAGACGGUCCAAGUUGCCAAUUCACCUACUUACAAACUUGAUAGAAAGCUGGGAAAGGGAGGAUUUGGGCAAGUAUAUGUUGGUCGGCGUAUUUCCUCUCCUGGUGUUACCGACAGGACACCUGGAGCAAAUGCUUUGGAGGUGGCAAUAAAAUUUGAACAUCGAACCAGCAAAGGCUGCAAUUAUGGAGCUCCCUAUGAGUGGCAAGUUUACAACACUCUAAGCGGCAUUCAUGGUGUACCAAGAGUACAUUAUAAAGGGAGGCAGGGGGAUUACUAUAUCAUGAUUAUGGACAUGUUGGGUCCAAGCCUGUGGGAUGUUUGGAAUAAUAAUUCCCACUCAAUGUCUGUUGAAAUGGUUGCUUGUAUUGCUAUAGAAGCAAUCUCCAUAUUGGAGAAGAUGCAUUCGAAAGGGUAUGUUCAUGGUGAUGUAAAACCUGAGAAUUUUUUGCUUGGAACCCCAGGAACCCUGGAAGAGAAAAAACUUUUUCUUGUUGACCUUGGAUUAGCUACUAGGUGGAAAGACACUGGUUCGGGGGAGCAUGUUGAGUAUGAUCAGAGGCCUGAUAUCUUUAGGGGAACUGUUCGCUAUGCUAGUGUGCAUGCUCACUUAGGAAGAACUGGAAGCAGAAGAGAUGAUCUUGAAUCCCUUGCCUAUACACUUGUUUUUCUUUUACGGGGUCGCCUUCCUUGGCAAGGAUACCAGGGAGAGAAUAAAGGUUUCCUUGUUUGCAAGAAAAAAAUGGCGACCUCUCCAGAAUCUUUGUGCUGCUUCUGUCCACAACCUUUCCGGCAAUUUAUUGAGUAUGUAGUGAACUUAAAGUUUGAUGAAGAACCAAACUAUGCAAAGUGCAUUUCUCUUUUUGAUGGCAUUGUUGGUCCAAACCCAGACAUAAGGCCAAUCAACACUGAUGGUGCUCAGAAGCUUAUAUAUCAGGUUGGUCAAAAAAGAGGUCGCCUAACGAUGGACGAAGAUGAUGAUGAGCAGCCAAAAAAGAAGAUUAGAAUGGGCAUGCCUGCAACUCAAUGGAUUAGUGUUUAUAAUGCCAGACGGCCUAUGAAGCAAAGGUAUCACUACAAUGUUGCAGAUGGUCGGUUAGCACAGCAUAUUACAAAAGGAAAUGAAGAUGGGUUGUUUAUUAGUUCAGUGGCUUCUUGUUCAAAUCUGUGGGCUUUAAUAAUGGAUGCUGGCACUGGAUUUACUUCUCAAGUAUAUGAGCUUUCUCAACAUUUUCUUCACAAGGAAUGGAUAAUGGAUCAGUGGGAGAGAAACUUCUAUAUCACUUCAUUAGCAGGUGCAAACAAUGGCAGUUCUCUGGUGGUCAUGUCAAGAGGGACGCAAUAUGCCCAACAAUCCUACAAAGUAAGCGACUCAUUUCCCUUCAAGUGGAUAAACAAGAAGUGGAAGGAGGGUUUCUAUGUCACUGCUAUGGCCACUGCAGGAAGCCGGUGGGCAGUGGUCAUGUCCCGGAAUGCUGGCUUUACAGAUCAGGUUGUGGAGCUUGACUUCCUGUAUCCAAGUGAGGGAAUACAUCGGCGUUGGGACAAUGGUUUUCGCAUAACUGCAACAGCAGCUACAUGGGACCAGGCGGCAUUUAUCUUGAGCAUUCCCAGAAGAAAGCCUGCUGAUGAAACACAGGAAACCCUGAGGACAUCUGCUUUCCCCAGCCAGCAUGUGAAGGAGAAAUGGUCGAAGAAUCUUUACCUAGCUUCCAUUUGCUAUGGAAGAACGGUGUCAUGAGGUCCACAUUCUGUUUGGCUGCUUCUUUGUAGAGUUUAUUCAUAUCAACCGCUGGAGAUAUGAUUUAGAAUGCGAAUUUUGAAGGGCAAUGAUAUUUUUAAUUGCUUACCUAUAGUUAACUGAAUUGAUAGAUGGCCAAGCCUCCUGCGUGUGUUCUGUAUAGGUGCCCCAGCCUGGAAGUUGCAUAAUGUAUACUGUGCUGUCCUGUUGUUGUACCCCCUUGUCCAUAGAUUGCUAAAGUCGCCAUGUUGUAAGUUAGCGAGUUGUACCAUGUUUAGAAGUCGUGCAUAUAGUUUAAAUUUAUAUUUAACCUGGAGGUAGGCGACAAAAUUGUACAAAGCUAACUCGAGUCUGCGGUCCUGUUAUUUCUCUGUUUUGGCUUUUUCGUGUUUGUGAACCCCCUAUAGUGCUUAGAGUUUGGAGUUCUUUUUUUCUUUUUGAGCUCCAAAGUUCGGAGUUCUCAUCUGUAAAUUAAAUCUGCAAUGCAUGCAUCUAGUGACUGGUGAAUCUAUUAUCAUUCACUCUUGCAGUCCAUCACUUAUGUGUAAUUCUGUUUGGUUAAUUUCAGAUUGCAUGAAGCUAAGCACAGUACAUUUCGUCA